AUGGUAGAGUUGACCGUGGAUGCAAUCCCCUCCAAGGACAGUCUUCGCGAGUAUGCCGGUGAAGACACAAGAGACCAAUUCCCUUUCGCCGUUGUGCUGUGGUACUUGAAAACCAACCUCCGGUUCUGCACCGGAAGUCUCUUGAACUACAACUGGGUCCUCACGUCGGCCGACUGCGUAGAAAACCAAACACCUCGCGGCAUAGCAAUCAAAUACGGAGAUUACACUACACGUGAAAGUACUAAAAUCGCAAAAGUAAACCAAGUAUUCAUCCAUCCAAGCUUCUGUCGCGCUCACGGCUUAAAUGACAUCGCACUGUUAUUCACCGAGAAGGUUAAUGGAAUAUCAACGUACGGAAAACUCCUGGCGCUCGACUAUAAAGCGCUGUUCGGGCUGCCCGUCACGUACGCCGGUUUCGGAAGAAUAUCUAAGGAACACAGUGAUAUUUUGGAUGAGCAGCUGCUUCCGCUGCAAGUCGGUAGAGGUGUAGUGAUCCCUUGCGAGUCUUCAGAGUUUAAAUACGGUGCGCUGUGUAUAGCACCGAGAUGUAAAGAGGUCCAGCAGAAGAGUCGUUCGGAAGAGGCCGGCGGCCCGCUCCUGUAUAGAGGACGGAUCGUCGGGGUCGAGACGUCUGUCAUGACCAAACGCAACCUUGCCAAUCGUGCCAUCAUAACGCAUUUUGUUACCCGAAUCCUACGCUGGGGCAGUAAUGCAGAAUGCAACGAAGCCACGCACACCAUUGUGUCGCCAACAUUAACGUAG